GUAAGGGGAGUAACUCUGAAAUCCCGCCGCCAUAUUUGGCAGAAAAGUACGGAAAUUAUACAUUAUUUUCUAGAUGCCGCCCUAAAAGUACUGAAUAUGGCUGUGGAUUUUGACCCAAACGACAAAACAAGUUGGUAUUUUGGUCCAUUGUCAAGAGAAGAAACAAAUGAGAUUUUGGAUAAUGUUCAUACAAAUGGAGUGUUUCUUGUGCGUGAAAGUCAGUCCAUUAAAGGAGAUUUUGUCCUCUGUGUAAGAGAAGACAAUAAAAUCAGCCAUUAUAUCAUCAAUCGUAUCCAGGUUGGCGGGAAUGUGAUGUUCCGUAUCGGAGACCAACAGUUUCCCGAUAUACCUGCUCUACUUAACUUCUACAAGACGCAUUAUCUCGACACCACAGCACUUACUGUUCCGGCCCCAAGAGAGAAAGUAAUAACAAAGUAUGAUUUUCCAGGAAAGGACCCUGAAGAUUUACCAUUUAAGAAAGGAGAGAUUCUUAUCAUAAUUUCCAAAGAUGAAGAAAAAUGGUGGCAUGCCAAGAACAAAGAUGGUCAGACAGGACAGAUUCCUGUACCUUAUGUUACAAUAGUAAAGGACGAUGAUCCAAGUUUAUUGCAAUUAGAUGCACACAACCAACAACACCAGCAACAUCAUGUAGAACAACAACAACAACAAAACCAACACACCACAGAUCCGUCUCCGCCAUCAUUAAGAAUGCCUAAACAAUUACCUGCCAAAGCAGUAGUGAUUCAAACAAGAAUACCCAGUCUAUAUGAUAAGACACAAUUACGAUUAAAUGAAGGUGAUGUUAUAACUGUAACAAAAAUUAAUGCUAAUGGACAAUGGGAAGGGGAGGUAAAUGGGAAAGAAGGAUUCUUUCCCUUUACACAUGUAAAAUUUCUGGAUGAUUCGUAGUGUAAUACAAGUCUCUCGUUUAAUCGUUAAAGUAUAUCAAGAGAUAGGAAAAAAAUUGCUAGGGUAUUUUACCACCAUGGUUUUGUUGAACUCUACGAAAGCAAAACAACUGGAAAUAUCAAGAACUUCAACGGCAAUGGAGUGGACAAGAAAAAUUUAAAUGGAAUUCAAUUUUCUAGAAGUUUUUAAAAUGUAAACCAUUAUGUUUUCACAUGAAAAAAAUAUAUAUAUACAGAAAUAUUGUUUAUUUGGUAAGCUACAAACAGGGGUCAUACUGCCAGAUUCUUUUAAGGUCAUUUUGUUCAAAUUUUUAGGAUGAGAAUGUAAAAAAUUGUUGUUUGGGACUUAACGAGGGUGUAUCAUCAUGUUACAGGCAUUUUCAAGAGAGUUUUUAACCAUCACUUAAGUUUGUUUUAACUCAUCAU